AGGAGUGGAUGGCUGGGGAAAAAAGAAAAAGUGACAGUCCUGUCUCAGAAUUCCCCUUUAAUCCCAGCACUGAAAUCUGAGGAUUUACUUCACCUUUUCACAAGAAACGAAGCUCCACCCACAGCAUCGUGUCUCUCUCUGUGGAGCAGCUCUAAGUUACUUCUCCGGGAAGAAAAACAUUUAAAGGAGGAUACAGAUCCUUUUAGAGCAUCUGGUCAAAACGGCCGCACGCAUGAGAGGAUGUAGAGGACGAGACUAUGGUUAGAAGGUCGUGAUGGUCGUACCCUGCACUGAGUAUGGAGAGGCACAGGCGCCUGUCCUCCUGGGGCUGUGGGAGUAUGUGAAGAGCGGACAGGAGGACGUGCUCCGCUCACCGUACCUGCCCGCGUCUUUUGCGUUCCUGGCGCACGUGCUGCUCUGCGUACCUUUCCUCGCGCUGGAUGCGCUGGGGAGCGUCUGUCAGCGGGUUCGGUCAUGGAGGAUGACCGCGGGCUCGGGUCCGCCGCCGUCUCUGAGCCGAUGGUUAGAGUGUUUCUGCAGGGUUUUGUAUAAAUACGUGACCGUGGUCCUGCCCGUCACUGCGCUCUUCAACACCCUAAUAAACCUCAAGUUACCUGAUGUGGCCCCCAGCUGCUGGCAGCUCUGCGUGGAGGUGGUGGCAUGCCUGCUGCUUUUUGACAUGCUCUUCUUCAUGUGGCACUACGUCAUGCACAGAGUUUCCUGGCUGUACCGCAACAUCCACCAGAUGCACCACCAGCACCACACUCCCUUCGCUCUGGCAGCUCAGGACUGCAGCUCGGCCGAGCUGUUGUCUCUACUGUUGCUGUCUCUGAGCAGCGCCUGGAUGGUGGGAUGUCACCCUCUCAGCGAGGCCCUCUUCCACCUCAUCAACACCUGGCUUGCCGUGGAGGACCACUGCGGCUACGACCUGCCCUGGGCUCUGCACAGACUGCUGCCCUGUCUGGGAGGAGCCCCCCACCACCACGCACACCACAGUUUGCAAACCAUAAAUUACGCCCCUCUCUUCACGCACUGGGACCACCUCUUUGGAACGUAUCGCGCAUCGGUGCUGAAUUCACGUCCGCAGUGACAAGCCUGUUGCAUUUUUUUUCUCAGAUUCAAUGAAGGAUGUUAUCUUUUGGCUGAUGUUAACGUGUAAUCUCACUGUUCGCUCAUUUAUUACUACACAUGUCGCAAUCAAUAAUACAAUACAAUCACAACUGAUACUUUAUGUAUGUAACCACUGUAUCGUAGGCUGUAAGUGAAGACCCCCAGCAUUUUCACCUUUGUCGCCAGAGCUUUCAGGGACUGUCGGAGACUGGAGCUGAUUGUGAAACUAAGCACCGGAUGCUGACUGCUCCAGCCGGUGUACCCUGAUUCAUCCUUCUUUAUGACUCAAUCACAUACAAAAUGAGCUGGGUCAGUAAAGUCAUCAAGAAAGCAUUUGCUCUGGUUACAGAGCAAUGGAGCCAAAGACUGUUUACAGACACUGUGCCAUGCAACUACAAGUCUUUAUGCAACAAGAGGAGCCUGCCCCCUGCUGGCUUGUUUCAGAACUUAUAAACUGAGCUAUGGACAGGAAAUCAGAUCACCUUUACCUUGGGGAAAAAAACAAUGAGCCAUUGUACUUAUGCUGAAGCGAGACAUGUUUCAUGCAACUGAAAAUGCACCCCACCCCCACCCCCACAUAUUCUCAUAAGCUCGGACUUUUUAAUGUGGCCAGUAUAUUGUUAUUGUACAGCGGAUAACAAUCACGGCGAGGAGAUCUGGACACAUUUCAGAUCCCCCACAUCCAAAACAGAAGACUUAAUUAAAAACUAAACUGAAACAAGUAAACCGGUCCAGGCAGAGCAAAUUCAAGUGCAAGCUUUGCUUUUUGAACUCUAAAUGCAUUUAGACUGAAAAUCUUUAGACAGAUCAGCUAUUUUGUGAGGAAAAGGUAUAUAUUUUAAGUAGGCUUAGUUAGACACCUAUAUAUUUUAUUUUUCCUGUUACAUUCAGGGCCUGUUUAUGAGUGAUUGUAAAGUUGUGUUGGAAAUCUGCCCGACUGCUGUAGUGAAUGAAAGCAGGACACAGCCUGGGGUUUUUUGCCUCAGGCUCAUGUUUCCACCGUGCUGCUGCAGUUAGUCAUUUGUAUAGCACAUUUUGAGCCUUUCAGUAAUCAGUUAUAUGCUCUGCUAACACGGUUCCUUGGUGCCUAGAAGAAAGGUCUGUUUUUUCCAUGGUUUCUGCAGUUGCAAUUUUCAGCUGGCAUCAUGUCACCAGCUACCUGAGGAUCCUUUACAUAUAACAAAUAGAGAGUUUGUCAAGACUCUUGCAUUUCACAGCAGUGUUAAGUCUAGCCAUUAUUUAUGGCCCAUUAUCACAAGUUUGCCUUAAGGGAAUACAGUGCCUGUAACACACCAUGCUUACAGGCAAGCAAGAGGGAGGCAGAGUCAGUGUUGCAAUCUUCAGGAUGGCAAAAGAAAGGGAUGCAAACAGUAAUGAGAAGUAUAAGUAGGUGAGCCUGUUUAUGAUUUUGGAAGGAGCACGGCUUACAUAAUGAAUCAAGCAUGUCAUUCACAAGCAAGAGCAGUGUCGAUAGUAAAGAUGAAAUCUCUUCCAAAGAAGCUAAAAUACAGAUCAAAACAAUGGGAGUGAGGCAAAGGGAAAAUAAAGGAAGUUCUCGGGAAGACUCGUGUUCAAAGGCAGGCAAAGAUGGCAAGAGAAAAGAGGCACAUACAGCUUGCAUGCACAUGUGCUUAAAAGACAUGUUUAAGGGGCCAAAUACAAUUUAUAGAGCAGGGGGUGAAACAUAAGCCCUCAGGACACAAAUCCUUCAAAAAAGACUCCAAUCUAGCCCACCGGCAGCUUUGAAAAUGUGAACAAGGGCACACAUUUUGGAAUUUCUGACUGUAUUUUCAAAUCAAAUCAAAUCAAAUCACUUUUAUUGUCACAUCACAUGUGCAGGUACAUUGGUACAGCACAUGUGAGUGAAAUUCUUGUGUGCGAGCUU